GUGGUUCCCAGUCGGAUGCGGGAGAUGACAGCGAAACUCCACAGAAACCGAAGGACAAACCGUUGCUCCAGCUCGUGAUGAACCCUCACGGUCACGUUUACGACCUGAACGCCCUGAAGAAGCAGGGCUGGAUCAUCGACAGCAAGGGCGGCCUGUCUCCGGACGUGUGCUCCGACCUGGUCAAGGACCUCAACUCACCCAACGGCAAGGGUGCGCAGAUCUUCGCCAAGAGGAAGAAGCGGGCGGAGAAGUGGGUAGUGGAUGAGACGCACCGGGAGACCCGCAGGGCUGAGGAGUCGCCGGCCCCGCCUGCUGCGCCACAACCGCCACCCGCCGCGCCGCAACCGCCGGCUGCCGCGCCACAACCGCCGCAGCCGCCGCAGCAGUUACCGACGGUGCAGCUGAAGCCGGUGCCUCUGCAGUCGCUGUACCAGGCUCCGCAGCAGCCUCAGUUCCCCAGUGGAGGCGUGUACGCCCCCCGGACGGCCCACAGCUGGGCGGCAGCUCAAAAUGCCGAAAGAAAAUCAUUCAAGUCGACGUCUUCUUCGAUGACCUUCACAGAGACCAUCCAAGGUCACACGGUCAAAACCGCCCAGCAGGCGCGCCUUUCGAGGGCCUUGAAAAAGGACUCUGAUGAAAACAAAGAAAACAUCCGAUCUCUAGUGGAGCGCUUUAACACUGGCAGCAGCUUGUCGCCUGAGGACGCCAGCCUCAAGAUGGCGGAAGCGGUCUUCGAGGAAACGGUUCGCCAGCUGGAGCUCUGCCCGCCGGGCGGCGCGCGCCUCUCCAUCGGCUCCAUCGACCUGCCAGUUGACCCCGGCGACCUCGACCGCCCCCUGCCCGCCGACGCGAUGGAGAUUGACCCCGACCUGCCGUCCCAGCGCCCCUCGCGCCCGCCGGAGCCUCAGACCGCGCCGACCGCGCCGCCGGGGGCGGGGCGACUGAGGCCCGCCGGCGGUCAGAAGCAGGCGGAGCUAGUGCAGAGGGACGGGCAGGGUGGCACGGAGCCCAGCGGCGUCUGGGGUCGGGUCAGCGCCAUGCGCGACACGUUUGACGCGGGUGCGAGGAGCGGCGCGCGCGGCGGAAAAACCUGCGCUCCGACUAUGGCCGUGCCGAACGCGUUCCACCAGUUCCCGUUUACGUACGUCGAUCCGAAGCUGAUCGCAGGGGUCGCGUCGGCCGCCGGUCGGCACUGGUCCCCCGAAGCCGAUGUGGAUGCGGCCGAGCCGCAGAUGGCCUCCCCCGAGCCGCUGGUAGCCUCUCCCGAGCCGCAGAUGGCCUCCCCCGAGCCGCUGGUAGCCUCGUCCGAGUCUUGCGAAGACGCCGCCGUCGCGUGGGGCGAUGAGGACGAGCAGAGCUGCGCAGAGCCGUGCGACUGGGGCUAUAGCCAAUCAGGAACGGUGUUCAAGAGCGCCUUCCAAUCAGCAGGUUUCGUGGAGAGUAGCCGCCAAUCCGGUGGGCUGUCGAAAAGCGUUUGCCAAUCGCGCGCUGCAACUAAGAGCGUCUUCCAAUCGGGCAGCGCGUUCCGCCAGGACUUCGGCCAGUCGACAACAGAUGGCAGCACUGCUCGCCCGGACUCGGCGGAAGAGACCAUGGUUUGGCCCGAGCGGGGUGACGACGUCAUGUUUCAGUGCGAGGUGGCGCUGGUGGAGACGACGGUGAACGAGGAGGCCUUGCAACGCUCGCUGCAGGCCGACAGCAAGGAGGCCUUCCAGCCACAGGGCUGGGAGGCCCGGCCUUCUUCAGCUCCUCCGUUGCCAGAGGUGACGAUGCGCCGCCCACCAGCCAGCGAUCAGCAUGCGCCAGGCGUCACCGCCUCCGCGUUGGAGAAUCGACACCGAAACCGACAGUCCUGGGCCAACUACAACACGGCGCCCCGUGGCUGGGGAAAUUCAGACAACUUCUACCGACCGGUCACCUUCACGCAGCCGCUCCUCUCCCAGUGACUUCAUAAUGACGUCAGAACGCCGGACGGCUCAGAGAGAAGUGGACCGCGGGCCGGUUUGAAGGUUUUUGCGUUGUGAUGAAGCUGAGCGAGUUAUGGACUGCUUGAUAUUUACCUGGUGGCGCGAGUCUGAAUUUGACGUCGUCAGAAUAUGACGUCAUACAGCUUCAACUGUGGUGGUGUUGUCGGCCACGUGAGCGUGUGUUGUCCUGCUUUGUGCAGCUCUUGACGCGCACGAUUUAACUGGUUACCUAGUUAAGACACGCUGCAUCAGGCGAAACUCCAGCAUUUUGGAAGCUACAUUCUUAGAGUGCGAUACGAACACGCCGAAAACCUGUGACAGAUGUGAAAUAGUGACACUGCAGGGUGUGCCGACUCCUCGCACCAAUCGAAGAGCUUGGGCGAUCUGAGGGGGCGGCACCUUACACCGAUUAACGCCAUGCUACCGUUUGCGUUGGAGUGCUUGCCCGCCCUCCCCCACACGUGUCUGUUUUAUUCUGAGAUUCAGCGCACCUGCUUCUCGCCGGAACUCUCGCUCAGCCUGAGAAUGAGCAGAGUUCUUCCCACACAGGCCCUGUAGAAAUCGUGUCGGUAAAAGGUUCUUGAGGUUAUGUGAGCCUGUUGAUCGGUUGAAUAUAGAGCCUUACGCGUCCGUCUUCAGCCCGUGCCUUUAUGCAUCACCAACUACGUCAUGGAUUGUUUUGAAGUUACGUUGGAGAUGAGGCGGUUGUUUUUUGUAAAUAAAACACUAGACUCACA